CAAAAUGGACGCAGUGUUUUUCUUAAAUCUAGCAAGUACUGAAACACUCUGCAGUGUUAAUUUUUUUGCAACACUUGUUUUAUAUGUUUUGUUUACAUUCACGCAUUUCUUUAAUUCCCUGGAAAAUAAUUUAAGAUCGAAAUCGUGAACUGUGUUCGGGAGUGGUGAGGUCGUUGCUGCGAUUCCUCCAGCGGACAUGUAAAUCCCGGGAACGUUCUGGUGGGCCAGCAUCUGACUCGGUAGUAAGGUGGGAGUGUAGCUGUGACGUUGUACCCGGUGUUAUGCCAAGCAGGCCUGGGAACUGAAAAUAAGUUACAAUAUAUCAUUGAAAUUACUUAUAUAUUUAUUUUUUCUAAUAUACAAUGUCGCGAGUGUUAAUAGUCGGAGCAGGGCUGACGGGCAGUUUGUGUGCUUGCCUGUUGCGAAGAGAAAUGGCCAGUAGAGUACACAUUGUUGUCUGGGACAAAGCGAGAGGUGCAGGUGGAAGAAUGUCAACGAGUAGAAUCACUAAUGAUGGCACAUGCACAGCUGACCUGGGAGCACAGUAUAUAACUGCAACAACAUACUACGCUCAGAAGCAUCAAAGCUUCUAUGAAGAGCUGCUGGCAUGCUGCAUUUUAAAGCCUCUCACUGCCCCAGUGGAAGGGAUGUCAAUUAAGGAGGAAGGAAUACGCAAUUUCGUGACCCCACAGGGAGUCUCAUCUAUUGUCAAGCAUUACCUCAGAGAGUCAGCAGGAGCUGAGGUGUUUUUCAACCACCAUGUUACUCAGAUCCUUCUGAAAGGAGGAAAGUGGGAGGUGUGUAGGAAAGCCGGGGGGGCGGAGCAGUUCGACGCCGUAGUCCUGACCAUGCCUGUGCCCCAGAUCCUUCAGCUGCAGGGCGACAUCGACUCAUUAAUUGACAGAUCUCAGAGGCAGAAGCUGGAAGCUGUGAGUUAUUCCUCUCGCUACGCUCUGGGACUCUUCUACAAAGCUGACAAGCAGAUUGAUGUCCCCUGGGCAGCAAAGUACAUCACCAAUAAUCCCUGCAUACGCUUCAUCUCCAUCGAUAAUAAAAAGCGCAAUUUAGAGUUGCCAGGCUGUGGGCCUUCUAUGGUUGUCCACACCAGUGUGCCCUUUGGAAUGCAGCAUUUGGAGAAGACAGUGGAAGAGGUGGAGCCUCUUAUUCUUAAAGAGUUGCAAGAGGUUUUGCCAGGACUGCCUGAGCCUCUAACCACUAAAUGCCAGAAAUGGAGAUAUUCACAGGUGACACAGCCAGUGACCGGUAGUCCAGGACAGAUGACGCUGAUUUCUAGGCCUUUGCUGGUUUGUGGGGGUGAUGGAUUCACACACUCCAACUUAGAUGGCUGCAUAGAAUCUGCUCUGAAAGUCCUGGAGGUCUUGAAAUGCAGUCUAUGAUGAACUACUUUUAAUAUUAAUUUCCCAGGCCAUGGGGUUCAACAAUGCUUUGUGCAAAAAAACAGUAGUAAUAUAACAAAUUCCUUAUAACUUUUAUCUACCUCUAUCCUGGGUCCAGCUGUCCAAGAGUAGCAGAGACGUGGAUAUACAGUACUUGCAGUCGGUCGUUUUUUUGUCUGUCUAUGAUGCUUGAUGGUCACUAAAGUCAGUUGGAUGUAAAUGGCAAUAAUCCCAUACAAGUCCCUACACUUCACACAGAUCUGAGGAAGUGGCAUAAAAAUUGAGAAAACUGCUUAGAAUGUAGGAAAACGUCACAGAGCUACAAAUCCAAUUAAUGUUUUUCACAGAGAAGAUAAUAAAAGCCCUUUGAUUUAAUGCUAUUGGAACAUUUCACACAAAUUAAAUAUUAAAUACUAAUUUUAGUUUUUGUUUAGUUCUUGACAAACAACAGUUGAAAUGGCCCAACAUUUAAAUAUAUUAAUAUUGUUUACAUGUGGUUUUUAAUUACUGCGCGCCUGCCAGAAAACAAGGGAUGUUUGUUAUACAGGUUUUCAGAAUGUUUUAUCAAAUAUUAAAUGUUUCAAAAGAAGUUUUACUUUCUUUUUUACUUACAUUUUCGAUUUAGCACUAAAGAUAAAACCAAAAAAAAUGAAAAACAGAAAGGAAGUAAUACAAUUGGUUACAGUGUGCUUUCAAGCUGUGUUUUUUGUUCCCCACAAAGACUUUCCAUAAGUAAAUAUAAAUCUAGAACAAAUAAACCACUGUUUAUCCCACAGGCACUAGUACAUUUGCAUGUGACAAAUAUAACUUAAUAUUUCCAUAACAGAAACUCCACAACUAUCUCUACAAUCAGUGUGGAAUACAUCGCUAUGCAGUUCAAACACAUGUCCUCAGCUACUGACAUACUGCCUCAGGCUUUAAGAUAUUAAAACAUUGAUCUGUAUUGGAACCUUCUUCUGAUCUUGAAAAAGCGAAUACUGAUAAAUCCCAUAUGAUUUACAAGAUUUCCUGUCUACUCCUACUUUUCAGCAGCUAGGUAAUUCCAUGCUUGAGAAGGUUUAUUCAGAUGAUUGAUAUAUACAGUACAUAUAAAUUUAACAAACGUUUAUCUGGAUUUUAAUCUGUGACAAAAUGUUUGGCCAUUACCCUUCCAGUUCGGUUAUAAUGACACCAGUAUAAAGGAUCAUGUCUUGAUUGCGAAGCCAUUAUAUUAUGUAUUCUGAAUAUACUGUACAAAGUUGGCUUUUCUGUAAACGUACAAAAUAAAUGAAGAUAUGUUUGAAUUCAUACAGAUGCCUAAAACACUAUGUAAGAUUUCAAUAAGUUUUUAAAGACAAAAUAUUAAAUGUUAUUACUAUUAAA